GUUCCUCCUUCUCUCGCUGCUCUCGACGCGCCUGAGCGCCUUCUUGGGGAACUUCACAACUUGGCGCUCAAGGGGACACCUUGAGUCUGGUCAGGAAGUACCCGACAUUCGGACUAUUAAUGAAAGAUGAUAUACAAAAUCCCAAACAAUCAUAUCAAAUUAUCCGUUUCAUUGUUCGCAUCACGACGUGUAGCGGCCAAAGUACUAGUUGGCACUGACUGUCACCUACUAAUAGGCCACUAUCACUAAUCAAAUCUGCGCUGGCCCAACGAGCUAAUCCUGGCUAAUAUAUGUGGUCUAAUCAAAUCCAACAGAUUCUUUCACUAUGAUGAGCUGCAGCUUUUCAUGUCCAUGUUAUAUAUGGGCGGCAUCUAUACCGGGCAACUGCAAGGCACUACGUGCAAAGCAACCUAUUGCCACUUAUCACUCAGACCAGCUUCGAUUGCACUUUGAUUGCAUGUUGUACAUGACAUGUCUGCACUACUCACUCAGAUCUCUGAUCAUAAGUCAUCAUGCAGUGCUCUCAGUGCUAAUAAUAUCGGGAGCCUUGUUCUGUCCCUUCGUCACACAAACUUGUCGUACACUCGAGGGCGAACUUCCGAACUUCGAGGAUCAGAACCACCAGCUGCGCCCCAUACGUCAUGCAAACAGUUCGCGCCUCCAUCAGCGCAAGAACACUGUUCGCAGGCGAGCCCAGAGGGAUUCUAACAAUCUGGAACCCAACGGUCGGUUGAGAAUGAUAAGAGCGGGGAAGACAACAUUAAGGCCUUUGGAAGCUCACGGGUCAAGGAAUAGGGCGCACUACUCUAUGAACGUUGCAAACGAGGUUGGCAGGUCACCGAUAGGUUGUCACAAGGAAAGAGCUGUUGAAGUCCAUUGUGUUGGGUAUUGUAUAUCCAUACGAAUUAAACCGAGAUUGACCGAGCUUGCCCAUCAACAAACUACCAGACUCCUCUUCGUUUGAGCCAGCUGCUAAAACGGCUUAAGGAUAAAACAAUCUUCG